GGGGUCGGAGCCCGCGGGCGGGGAGGUGGGAGACCGGCGGGUCGCGGCGGGUCUCAGCCCCCUCCGGGGCAGGCCUUAGCGUCCCGCCCCCGGUCUCCGCUCGACCCCCUCCCACCCCGCCUGACGUCAGGGGGGAGGGGGCGGAGAGCGGCGGCAGCUCUGGAGAAAGAGCCGGCGCCCGGCGCGGUGGCGCGGGGAGCCCGAGCCCAGGGGCGCCGAGCCGAACCGGGACCGAGGGGCGGUGGCAGAGGGGACAGCGGAGGAGGGCGGGCGGGCGCGCGCAGGCGGGCGGUGGCGCGCGGGUAGGGGCGGACCGUGAUCCAAGCCCAACGCGAGGGCGGCGCCCAGGGAUUCAAGCCGCGAAGAAGAGCAGGGCAGCUGGCCUGGAGCUUAGAGCCGGGGCGUUUGCCAUGGCCCCACACUGGGCUGUCUGGCUGCUGGCAGUGGGGCUGUGGGGCCUGGGCAUUGGGGCUGAGGUGUGGUGGAACCUGGUGCCCCGGAAGACGGUAUCUUCUGGGGAGUUGGCCACAGUAGUGCGGCGGUUCUCCCAAACGGGCAUCCAGGACUUCCUGACAUUGACCCUGACUGAGCAGACAGGACUUCUGUAUGUGGGGGCCCGGGAGGCCCUGUUUGCCUUCAGCGUGGAGGCGCUGGAGCUGCAAGGAGCGAUCUCGUGGGAGGCACCAGCUGAGAAGAAGGCCGAGUGUAUCCAGAAAGGGAAGAGUAACCAGACGGAGUGUUUCAACUUUAUCCGCUUCCUGCAGCCCUACAACACAUCCCAUCUGUACGUCUGUGGUACCUACGCCUUCCAGCCCAAAUGCACCUACAUCGACAUGCUUACCUUCACUUUGGAGCGUGGAGAGUUUGAGGAUGGGAAGGGGAAAUGUCCCUAUGACCCAGCCAAGGGCCACACUGGCCUCCUUGUGGAUGGCGAGCUGUACUCGGCCACGCUCAACAACUUCCUAGGUACAGAGCCUGUUAUCCUACGCAACAUGGGGCCUCACCACUCCAUGAAGACAGAAUACCUGGCUUUCUGGCUCAAUGAACCUCAUUUUGUAGGCUCUGCCUACAUACCAGAGAGUGUGGGCAGCUUCACAGGGGACGACGACAAGGUCUACUUCUUCUUCAGUGAGCGGGCAGUGGAGUAUGAUUGCUAUGCGGAACAGGUGGUGGCUCGGGUAGCCCGAGUCUGCAAGGGCGACAUGGGGGGUGCACGGACCCUGCAGAGGAAGUGGACCACGUUCCUGAAGGCGAGGCUGGUGUGCUCUGCCCCCGACUGGCAGCUCUACUUCAACCAACUGCAGGCACUGCACACCCUGCAGGAUGCCUCUUGGCACAACACCACCUUCUUUGGGGUUUUUCGUGCACGAUGGGGCGAUGUGGACCUGUCAGCAGUCUGCGAGUACCAGUUGGAAGAGAUCCAGAGGGUAUUUGAGGGUCCCUACAAGGAGUACCGUGAGCAAGCCCAGAAGUGGGGCCGCUAUACUGACCCAGUACCCAGCCCACGGCCAGGCUCGUGCAUCAACAACUGGCACCGACGCCAUGGCUAUACCAGUUCUCUAGAGCUGCCUGAUAACACCCUCAACUUCAUCAAGAAGCACCCACUGAUGGAGGAGCAAGUAGGGCCUCGGUGGGGCCGGCCCUUGCUUGUGAAGAAGGACACCAACUUCACCCACCUGGUGGCUGACCGGGUUACAGGACUUGAUGGAGCCACCUAUACAGUGCUGUUCAUUGGCACAGGAGACGGCUGGCUGCUUAAGGCUGUGAGCCUGGGGCCCUGGGUCCACCUGAUCGAGGAGCUACAGGUGUUUGACCAGGAGCCUGUGGAAAGCUUGGUCCUAUCCCGGAGCAAGAAGCUUCUCUUUGCAGGCUCCCGCUCUCAGCUGGUUCAGCUGCCCCUGGCUGACUGCAUGAAGUACCGCUCUUGCGCAGACUGCGUCCUCGCUCGGGACCCCUACUGUGCCUGGAGUGUCAACACCAGCCACUGUGUGACCGUGGGUGGCCACUCUGGGUCCUUGCUGAUCCAGCACGUGACAGUCUCAGACACCUCAGGCAUUUGUAACCUCCGUGGCAAUAAGAAAGUCAGGCUCACACCCAAAAACAUCACCGUGGUGGCAGGCACAGACCUGGUGCUGCCCUGCCGCCUCUCUUCCAAUUUGGCCCAUGCCCGCUGGACCUUUGGGGGCCGGGACCUGCCUGCCGAACAGCCCGGCUCCUUCCUCUAUGAUGCCCGCCUACAGGCCCUGGUUGUGAUGGCUGCCCAGCCCCGCCACGCCGGGGCCUACCACUGCUUUUCAGAGGAGCAGGGGGCGCGGCUGGCUGCUGAAGGCUACCUGGUGGCUGUGGUGGCGGGUCCAUCGGUGACCCUGGAGGCCCGGGCACCCUUGGAAAACCUGGGGCUGGUGUGGCUGGCUGUGGUGGCCCUGGGGGCCGUGUGCCUGGUACUGCUGCUGCUUGUUUUGUCCCUGCGCCGGCGGCUGCGGGAGGAACUGGAGAAAGGUGCCAAGGCGGCGGAGAGGACCCUGGUGUACCCUCUGGAGCUGCCCAAGGAGCCUACCAGCCCCCCGUUCAGGCCUGGCCCUGAGGCUGAUGAGAAACUCUGGGAUCCUGUUGGCUACUACUACUCGGACGGCUCCCUCAAGAUUGUGCCUGGACACGCUCGCUGCCAGCCCGGGGGCGGGCCCCCUUCUCCACCUCCAGGCAUCCCCGGCCAGCCCCUGCCUUCUCCGACCCGGCUUCACCUGGGGGGCGGGCGGAACUCAAAUGCCAAUGGCUACGUCCGCUUACAGCUGGGAGGGGAGGACCGCGGCGGGCUUGGGCACCCGCUGCCAGAGCUCGCUGAUGAACUGAGGCGCAAACUGCAGCAGCGACAGCCGCUGCCGGACUCCAAUCCUGAGGAGUCCUCGGUAUGAGGGUCCCCCACCGCUUCACAGGGGCAGCGUGGGAGGUGCAGCUCCUACUUUUGCACAGGCAUCAGCUACCUCAGGGACAUGGCACGGGCACCUGCUCGGCCUGGGACAGACCCUGCCCAGCACCCGUCCGGCCAUGAGGACCUGCUCUGCUCAGCACGGGCACUGCCACUUGGUGUGGCUCACCAGGGCACCAGCCUCGCAGAAGGCAUCUUCCUCCUCUCUGUGAGGGGCUGUGAAUCACGGACACAUGGGACCCCAGCAGCCAAAACUUUUCAAGGCAGAAGUUGGAGAUGUGGGUGUGUUUGUAUCUAUAUGUACGUGUAUGUGGGUGUGUGCAUGUGUGUGUGUGUGUGACAUAGUCUUUCUGUUUCUGUGUGUGUGCCUGUAUGUGUGUGUGUGAUAGUCUUCCUUUUUCUGUCAAGUCUUCCCUUGGCCUGGGGGUCCUCCUGGUGAGUCAUUGGAGCUAUGAAGGGGAAGGGGUUGUAUCACUUUGCCUCUCCUACCCCCACCUGUCCCAGUGUGGGGCAGCGAUGUACAUAUGGGGGUGGGCUGGGCAGGGUGCUGUGCUCCUUUUGGGGGGUCCAGGGCUCUGGGGUGGGCCUGGUCCUGCUCCUAGGGCUGUGAAUGUUUUCAGGGUGGGGGGAGGGAGAUGGAUUCUCCUGUGUGUUUGGGGCAAGGGUGGGAGGGGCCUCCCACUUGGCCCUGGGGUUCAGUGGUAUUUUAUACAUGUCCUCCCUUAUGGGGCUGGGAAAGGUUGUGUGGGGGGAGGGG